AUGUCGUACUUCUGGUCUGACGAUGAAGAACCUUUUCUGACGAAGCUGGAAGGAACCCAAAUCACCGUGGGCCAGAACAUCUAUCGACUAGGUGAACUGGUCUCAGAAGGCCACAGCAUUAAGAUAUACGAGCGCCAUGCUCAUUUCAUCGCACAACGAGAAAGCGACGGCCUGGCCUGCAUGGCGCGGCUCCGUUUACAGGAUGGCCAUGAUGCCAAAGACAUAGCUUACUGUGCCGAAUGGGGGCGCCAGAUCUUUGAGAGGGAGAUUCGUCCUCUUCAACUGACGGAAUCAAUGGCUGCGACUCCUACUCUCCUUGACCAUGAAACGGUUUUCCAAACUGCCGUCCAUGGAUAUCCGGGUGGCUAUAUCAACGCUUUCAUCAUGUCGAAGGUGCCUGGCAGGCCGGCCGAGGAAUACGAGCUCAGCAAGAUUGAAGCCGGUUUCAUCAAACGCGAGGUGAUUCAGAUUCUCGAUAGUAUGCAGCGUCUCGGCUGGGCGAUACCCCAGGGAUUUCCCGACAUGGUCCAUUACGACCGCGAGACCCAGACUGUGUCAAUGACGGGACUGGAUAGGGGGACUGAGUGGGAUCCUAAUGACACCGAACCAAUCACCGAGGAUUCUUAUCUGGUGAGCCAAUUCGGCGAGGAUAUUUGGUGGAGUACGACUUCUUUUGGUUCUUCAAGCGAGUCUUGA